AUGCGCAGCCUUUUGUCCUUCUUGUUACUAGCCGUCCCCAGCGCCCUGGUAUCCGCGACCGAGUACCACGAACAGCUGAAUCUACGGCCGCUGCCUCUGUCGGCGCUCCUCGCGAGCUUCAACUUUCGAGCCAACACGUCCAUUGCCGACUUUGAGGCGCAAAACUUUCGACUUUUCCCACGAUCGCUGGGCCAGAUCUUGCAAUAUGCGGGCACACGAGAGCUUCACCUGAGAUUCACGCUGGGGCGAUGGGAUGCAGAGAGCUGGGGAACCCGGCCUUGGGACGGAACCAAAGAGGGCGGCACUGGAGUGGAAUUGUGGGCGUGGCUGGAUGCUGAGACGGAUCAAGAGGCGGAUGAGAAGUGGUUGACGCUGACCAAUGCGCUGUCUGGAUUGUUCUGCGCCAGUCUCAACUUCAUUGACGGCACCAGGACCAUUCGACCGGUUGUGUCGUUCCAGCCCGAGGGCGACCAUCCCAACACGACGCUGGAUAAUACAAGGCUGCUGCAUGGAGUGCUUCCCCACGAGGUGGUUUGCACCGAGAAUCUUACGCCGUUUCUGAAGAUGCUGCCGUGCAAGGGCAAGGCCGGAAUUGCGAGCCUGCUGGAUGGACACAAGCUGUUCGAUGCGUCCUUUCAGAGCAUGGCCAUUGAUGUGCGACCAAUUUGCCCCUCCGAGGGAGAGUGCGUUCUCCAGCUUGAACAGACAGUCGACAUGGUCCUGGACGUUGAUCGAUCCAAGCGACCUCAUGAUAAUCCCAUCCCAAGACCUCCCCCCAGCCAUGAUUUGAUUUGCGAUACCACGAAGCCGUACCAUAAACCGGAUGAUUCCUGCUUCCCCGUGGACCAUCUUCGCGGCCAAGACUGGACACUAUCCCAAAUCUUUGGGCGAACAAUGAAAGGCACCUGUCCCCUGACCGAUCCCGAAGUUCCCCCAGUCUGUGUUCAUAUCCCAUCAACUCGCGACAUCUUCUCCGCGCAAGGUGCCCAUGAAAUCAAGUACCCUAACAACGAUUCUCUGCGAUGCUACCACAUCGAGCAAGAUAAGGAGUUCACUCUCAUCUUGACUAAACCCGAGGCUCCUGUUGACGGCGAAGUUGCCCCUCUGGGCAUUGUCAAGCCAGAAACACCUGUGCUGUACGCCGAGCGAAGCUUCACUGGCCAUGGACAGGAACACGGCGGCAUGCAGGCCAUUCUCACGAACCCGGGUGACGACACGGUCGAGUUCGUCUACAUGGAGUCUCUUCCCUGGUUCAUGCGCGUCUAUCUGCACACACUUUCUGCCCGCAUCUCCGCCUCAUCGCCUAAUACCAACACAUCUGCCGAAAUCGUCAAGCAGAUCUACUACCGCCCGGCCCUCGAUCGCGCCCGUGGCACACAGCUCGAGCUCCUCGUCAGCAUUCCCCCUCAUUGCACCGUCUUUCUUACCUACGACUUUGAAAAGUCUAUCCUACGAUAUACCGAGUAUCCCCCAGACGCAAACCGUGGCUUCGACGUCGCCGCCGCCGUCAUCACCACUUUGGAGCCCAAGGCCAUGAACAUUCGCACCACGAGCCUGCUUCUCUAUCUCCCCACUCCUGAUUUCAGCAUGCCGUACAACGUCAUCAUCUUCACAUCGACAACCAUUGCGCUCGCUUUCGGUGGCCUGUACAAUAUCCUUGUCAGGCGCAUGGUCGGCGCAAAUGAGGCCCCCCCAGCAGCCAUUAAGGAUAAAGUACUAGGCUUCAUUGAGAAGCUGAAGAAGAAGAAGAGGACGGUAGCAGCAGUGGCAGCUGGAGGAAGUGCAAAGCCUGCCACAGGGAAAACUGAGGCGAAAUGA